GAGAGCGUGGACGGUCUCGGGGGGCUCUCGCCGGGCGAGCUCACCGCCAUCCAGUGCAAGAACGUCCCCGAUAACCUCAAUGACAGGAGCGUGCUGGAGAAGCACUUCGGGCAGUUCGUGAAGGUCCGCCGGAUCAUGACCCGCCGCAAUAAAAAAAUGGCGGUCCUCCACUUCUUUGAUCAUGCGUCUGCUGCUCUUGCCAGAAAAAAGGCAAAAGAGUUGCACAAGGACAUAGUCACAUUUUGGCAAAAGAAGAAGACAAGUCCUGCAAAAAGAGAGUUCUCAUCCAAGGAGAAGAAAGGAGGUGAAGAUGAAGGAAGGCAAAGCAGUGAAGAACAAAACUAUCAGCAUUCCCCUCUUCGGAAACCUUUAAUAAGGUCCUCUGCCAGCAGUGUUCUGCCUGGUAAAAGUUCUCCAGCCAAGAAGUCUAGUCUCCGGAAGGCACUGCAGUUUGAAGCAGAUCUUUUUGAUACCACUUCUGAAGGGCAGAGCUCAGAGAGCUUGGGAGCUUCGUUGUCAUCUCUCAGUAACCUGAUAGGAUUAGUGGCUGAGACAUCAGAGGAAAGAUACCGUCUUUUGGACCAAAGGGAUAAAAUCAUGCGACAAGCUCGAGUAAAAAGGACUGAUCUAGGCAAAGCGAAAACUGUUGUUGGCACUUGCCCAGACAUGUGUCCUGAAAAGGAGCGCUACAUGAGGGAGACAAGAAACCAGCUCAGUAUCUUUGAAUUGCUUCUAGGAUCUGACAAGGUAGAUCAUGCAGCAGCAAUCAAGGAAUAUAGCAGAUCUUCAGCAGAUCAGGAGGAACCGUUGCCCCACGAAUUGAGACCCUCUGAGGUGUUAAGCAUGACCAUGGACUACUUAGUGACAAACAUUAUGGACCAAGGAGAAGGAAACUACCGAGAAUGGUAUGACUUUGUCUGGAACAGAACCCGUGGAAUAAGAAAGGAUAUAACCCAGCAACAUCUCUGCAACCCACUGACGGUGUCUCUGAUUGAGAAGUGCACUCGCUUUCACAUCCACUGUGCUCACCACUUGUGUGAAGAGCCCAUGUCCUCCUUUGAUGCCAAAAUCAACAACGAGAACAUGACUAAAUGCCUGCAGAGUUUGAAGGAAAUGUAUCAGGACCUGGCUAACAAGGGGAUUUACUGCCAGAGCGAAGCAGAGUUCAGAGGUUAUAGUGUUCUGCUGAAUCUCAACAAGGGUGAUAUUCUCAGAGAAGUGCAGCAGUUUCAUCCAGAGGUUAGAAACUCCCCUGAAGUUAGAUUUGCAGUUCAAGCUUUUGCUGCGUUAAACAGCAACAACUUUGUGAGGUUUUUCAAGUUAGUGCAAGCAGCUUCCUAUCUGAAUGCCUGUAUCUUGCACUGUUAUUUCAACCAGAUUCGUAGAGACGCUCUCAAGUCUCUGAAUAUUGCUUACACUGUGAGCACCCAAAGAUGUACAGUGUUUCCGUUGGAUCACCUGGUCCGCAUGCUACUGUUCAAAGAUUGGGAGGAAGCAACUGAUUUCAUAAGUUACUAUGGCCUGAGCGUUUCUGAUGGUGCUUAUGUGGAGCUGAAUCGCUCAGCUUUCUUGGAGCCUGACGGAUUACCCAAACCACAGAAAUCGAUGUUUGUAAGUCGGAAGCUGACUGUGUCAGUUGGGCAAGUUGUAAAUGGAGGGCCGCUACCUUCAGUGCCUCACCAUGUGCCUGUGAGUAGCUUCAAUGGACAGAACAAAUACAUUGGUGGUAACACAACUGUGGAUCCAGCUAGUAGCAGCCAAAAAUCCAGUGCGGAUGCUACAGUGCCACUGCUACCUUCUGCCCAGGCAAUUUCCCAGUCUGUUGGACAACCUGAGCUUCUCCCUUCAAAGCCUCAGCCAGUGUACACAGACACGGACAUUGCUGAAGUGGUGGACGGGCUUGUGCGUGACGUCCUCAAAGGAGAGUGCAGAGAAGUCAGCCGAGCGGGAAUGGCUUACGUUGCUGCAGCGAUCUGCACGUCGGAGGCCGCUGUGGAGGAACUUCUGGCUGAAGUAAUGAGGGAGAUUCUCAGACAAGUGGCGGGAAGCGUGCUCAGCGCAGAAAGGGAACGCGUUAAAGAGGAAAGGCGCCGAGUGGAGGAAGAGAGGCGAAAGAAGGAAAGAGAGCAGUUAAUAAAACAGUUGAGUCAGUUGGUGGGUAUGGAGUUGAUGGAAGAAGUAAUAAAGGAGAAUGUUCGAGAGACAUCAGACAAUGAAUUAAAAUGUGCCUUAGAAAGAGACCGGAGAGCGCGGAUUGCCCGGUGCUCAGAAGAAGUCUGUGCUCAUGUCAUGGACCUCUUUCUGGAAGAUGAGAUUUUCCAGAUUGCCAAGGAAACUCUUCAGGAGCUCCAGUGUUUCUGCAAAUAUCUGCAGCGGUGGAGGGAAGCAGUGGCAGCUCGAACAAAGUUGAAACGUCAAAUGAGGGCGUUUCCAGCUGCUCCCUUUUGCACGGAUCCAAGAAAUAAACUGAAAGCGCUUUCCCCCAGUGCUGAGUGGCCUAUAGCCAUGGACAACUUGGCCAAGAGAAUUGUAAACCUGGGACACGCAGGAAAGCUGGGAAUCUCUUGCACGAGAUUGAAUUGGCUGAGAAACAAGACAGUGCAUGAGAUGAAAGUUCAGCACUUCUACCAGCAAUUGUUAAGUGAUUUAGCCUGGACUCCCCUGGAUCUCGCCUCAUUAAUCACUGAACAUAUUCCAGUUCAGCAAGAACAGUUUUUUUGGAAGGUGCUGUUGGUUUUGCCAAAUGAUGAGGAAUAUGCACAGGAUGAUCCCAACAGGGUACUGGUGGACUGGUUGAAAGCUAAAUUUAUGGGAGACAAAAGCUGGAAGAAAAAUACUUCACAUGUGGAAGGCAGAAUUCAAACAUUGACAAUAUAUAGUUCUCCUGGCACGCGAGGGAGCAGAACCAUUAAUGUCAAUGUGUGUAUAAAGGUGGCACACGGCACGCUCUCUGACUCUGAGCUUGAUAAGGCUGAGAUGCAAAAAGACUUACUGGGAACCAGUGGUCUUAUUCUUCUCCUGCCCCCUCGAGUUAGGAGUGAAGAUGUUGCAGAAGAUGAUGUUUAUUGGCUUUCAGCUUUGCUUCAGUUGAAACAGUUGCUUCAAGCCAAACCUUUCCAUCCAAUAGUUCCUCUGGUGGUUCUAGUCCCUAGUCAGGAAGAGGAUGCCACAGAGAAAGAAGUAGAAGAAGGUUUGAUGCUGCAGGACUUGAUUUCAGCUCAGCUUAUUUCAGAUUACACCAUUGUUGAGCUUCCAGUUUCUAUCAGUGACUUACAAGGCACCGAAAGGCUCUCUGCGGCAGUGGGGUGGCUGGUUACCCGGUGUCCAGACUCCCUUGAGCUCUGCAGUCAGACCCUUCGGGAGUAUGUGGAGGAUGGGAUUGAUGGUGAAUUUGGCAAGCGCUUCUAUCAUGACCGGAAGGAGAGGCGUUCAGCUGGUCUACCGUCUCAGGAGCCUGGGGUCAUUAUAGAGCUGUACAACAAUGUGUUGCAGUUCCUUUCAGAUGUAGCAUCCUCAGAGCUUGUGUGUGACUUGUCUUGGCCUGUUACAGAGUUUUCAGAGCCUGGGGGUAACAAACUGUUACCCCACCUGCAGUGGAACAUGCCUGAUCACCUGGCCUGGCUGAAGAAAGCUGUGCUUUCCUUCCAGAUCCCAUACCUAGAUCUGCCUCCAUUGGGUGCUCCUUGGCGUCCUGUUUGCCACAUGGUUUUUCAGUAUGUGUCUCAGAUCGCUAGUUCUUCUCAUACUCAACCACUGAUCCAGUCCCAAGUGGAGAAUCUGCUGAGCAGAACUUUCCGAAAGUGGAAAAGCAGGACGGCUGGGAGCUCUGAUGAUGGACCUUCUGUUGAUGAGAUCCCUUGGGAUGAUAUCUUAGCACUCUGCAUCGAUCAUAAACUGAGAGACUGGAAACCACCCAAACUGCCUAUCUCACCAGAAGCAGUAAGUGAAGAUGGCCAGAUUCGUGUAUACUUCUUCAAGGAGCAUUUAAAAAACUUCACUCUCCCUUUUUCUUGGGAGCAAGCCAGAUUGCGAACCCAGAAGGAGAUCCAGCAGGGCCAUAGGAGGUCAAGGGUGAAGUCUCCCAUCUCUUCUAAGAAACCCUGUAGUGUCUCGAUCAUGCCAGCUCAAUAUGGCGCUGACACGAGCGUGCUGUCAGGUCAGGAAAAGAGCGUUCCCAGUGCAGUUGAACUCUCAGACACGGCUUCAGCCCUGGAGCUUCUCCCAGAACGUCUCUUGACCCAGUUGCAACUGGAGAAAAGAGAGAGCAAGAAGUUUGAAGAACAGUUGCAUCAAUUUCUAGCUGAGGACAUGGAGCCCCUUGGUGACUUCAUGGGUCCCCCUCUUUACCUUCCCCAGUCCCUGGUCUCCACCCCACCUGUCACAUAUCCAUUGAUGAAGAGUCCCAUGUCAUCUGCUCAAGAGGCUAAGAGUCAAGUGGGAUGUGAGCUUCUGGUGGAGGAGCUAAGCCCAGCGCUGUCGGACAGACUGAAACACUUGCAAAGGCUACUCAGUGCUAACAAGGAGGGCGAAGUUGCCUCUGAACUCCAUCUCUCUGCUCUGGUGGACAUGGUGGAUAUUUGAGCAGGGCUGAGAUACAUGUGCAGACCAAGAGACUUCAUAAAGAAAUUCAUGGUCAGGUGAUUCAACUGCCAAAGCACUGGGGCUUCUUCAAGAAGAGAAGGGAAAGAAAAAGAAAAAGAAAAAAAUAAAAGCUUCUGUCCUCUCAGAAGAACACACGCAGAGCAAACAUGGGUCCUGGGCGGCUGUUGUGUGGCUGCCUUGCACAGAGAGGGCGCGUCUUGACUUAGUGUGUCCCUUCAGCUCAAAGCUGAGGUUUGGCUGGUCUAGGAGUCCUUCCUUUUAAGCUGUCCUAUUUUACAGGCACGGAGAGGAGUCGAAUCCUGUUUUUUGGAAAGCCCAUAAUUGACCCUGUGUGGUGAUCAUCUUUUUACCAACUCUCAUCGGUUGAUGGCUAGCUGUGAGAGAGGCAAUGAACUGGUUGCCCGAUCAAAUGUCUACCUUUUGUUCUAGCUCACAGUUCUGAGCACAGUAUAUGCAGAGUCAAGGGCUCCAGUGUACUCCUUGCAUCUCAUUUUUGUGUUCUCUCCCUCCGCAACACUUGUUAAAUCCCAAGGCAUGCGUGCACAGAGCCAACACUGGGACCAGACUUGAAUUUCCGUAGAGAUACAGCUAGGAAAACACUGCUAGGAGGAGCAAGUGGAGAAUAAUUCUGUGGGAAGCCUGUUGCUUAAACAUAGCUUCACCAGAAGAAAACGGUGAGGUAGUGAGGGCCCCUGGGAAUACAGCAGUCUGUCUCCAUGGACAGUCCCAGGGACGUUGUCCCAACUCUGUGCAUGCCUGAUGCAGAAGUUACCUUCCUGCAGCACCUUGGUCUUCAGUUGCUGUUUUGCUCUUCAGGAAUGUUGAUUCUGUCAUUCUCAAGUAAUUAAAAUACUUUGCUGUAUUUAUUUUAUACUUAAUAGUGGUCCAUGCAAAACCAAAGACUUUUGUUCUGCUUGGCCCACGUUUUAUUAUGUUGAAUGCUUAUGGGAUUAAAAACAAAUCAGUUGCUUAUUCUGCAAAGUAAUUCCCAUGCUGAAAAGCAGGAUGUUUUCUUCAGUCUUCAACAAAACGGAUAGGGAGGAAUGAUGGAGGACUGACUUUUUUAAAACCAACCAACCAACCAACCAACGAACCAACCCAAACAACUACAUUCUUCAGCUUUUAAGGAGCUGCAGCUUUGAAAAUUGAAGACCUUUAAUAUCAAUUCCCAGGAGAUAGUGUGAACAUGUAUUUCAUGUCUGCAAUACUAGAGUAGAAGUGUGUGGGUUUUUUUGUCUUUUUUGUUUUUUUUUUCCAAACAAAAUCGUCAUCAUUGGAUCUUUCUCCAGCAGAAAAUUUGGCCUGAUAAAAUACAAAGUAUUGCAACUUUGGCAGUGAACACUGAUCUUGCCUGCCAGUGAGAGAUCAAUUGUCUGACCUUGUAACAUUUUAUUUAUAACUUUCAGUAGUCCAAAAUUUCAUGUCAAUCCCUUUCCAAAAAAAAGUGGUUUCAUAUUUUUAUAAUAGUAUUUGUGUUAAUUCUCUUUAAAAUAGAUAGGUUGAAAUAAGAAGCUUGAACUGGAGAAAUCAUGGUUUGAGGCUAUUCGUACUUGUAAAGUUUUGAGAUGUUCUCUCGAGUUACGUUAAGUUCUGUCUGGUUUAGUAACAAGUGAAACUGCUGUGCUUUGCGUAAGUGCUGCUGUUGACUGUCUCUUUACCCAGAAUUCCACUGUAAAAUUAAAUGAGUCUGAAAAUGUUUUGG